AUGACGGAUCAGCUGAAGAGAAGGCGCGCAGCGGUUAGUGGGCCGACAGGAUCAGACAGGAAGAAACCCCGGCGUACAAAGCCCCAAAACAGUGACUCGGACGAGCCCAUUGUGCUCGACCAGAUCCCCAGUCACCCGCCAUCUCCAGCUCUGCCGAGAUCGACCCGUGCCGCCGCUCCAGCCCCGGCUGCUCGCCGCGCCGCUCCCCCACUGAUCUCCACCGGAUACCCGCCCUGUCUUCGGUGCGUCAAGAAAUGGACCGAGGACGACUCGACCAUGUGCCACCGCGACUCUGCCCUCGGCAAGUGUCGUUCGUGCAGCCGAGCUGGCGCGAAAUGCAGCGCGCUUCCGGAUAACCUUUACGGUCCGCUCUCCGCGGCGCAGAAACUCACUGGUCAUGCGCGACGGAGAGCAUGCGCUGGGAUCAAGAAUGCUCUGGAGGCGUAUGAGCGCAAGAAUGAAGAGGAAACACCUACCAAGGAAAAUGCUGGAUCUGGAUCGUCGGCACAGGAGAGGGGCGAGAUGUUGAAGGCGAUUCGGUCGUUGAAUAAGAAUGUGUUUCGGUUGAUGAAUACCAUUCGGGAAGUUCGUGGGAUGGAGCUCAUCUCUGACGAUGAGAUUUGA